CCCAUCGACACCGGUUACCCCCGCUGAUAUUCAAUACUAAAGCUGCCGACGAGGAGGAGAGGGCUGAGCUUGGUGGCGGAGGAUGUGACGAAGCGGCGAUGGUUCCCCAGACGGAGGGGAGUGCAGUGUCGUACGGUGAGCGUCCACGCAUCAUCACCAAGUUCGAUUUGAAGGGGGCCUGGUAUACCUGCAUCACAGCCUCGAAAGAAAUUUGUCACCAAUGGUGGAACCUUUUUUGGUUGUGUCGGAGGACACGGACAAGGCAAUUAAGAAAGCCUUCAAUGCCCGUGGCUCCACUUGGUUGCCGAAGAGGUUGAUAAAUGUCCGAAACAAAUACAAGAAGCCAAGUUUUGUGGCACAAAAUCACUUGGAAACCAUGGCAAACUAUUGGGAGAAUCCUGAAUUUUGGGCAAAGAGUGAGAGGUCGAGCAAGAAUCGAAACACAAAAAAGGCAAAGCAGAGGUAAUACGUACUAUGGUGGCUGGCAUUCUGUGACUAAGCAUAUAAAGAAGAUGCAAGAGGACAAUGCCACUCUCAAUUGCAUCAAGGUCAUCAACCAGUUGUUUGUGAAGAAGGGAUCUGAGCCAUCUCAUGAAGCUCUUCAAAUCAAGAGAAACUACAAGGAGAAGCUCAUUAUAAAGCAGCAGGUAGCAUCUGGAUUGGGUUCCAAUUUCCUACAUUUUGAUGACAUUGAUGAGGAGGAACUGGAAGAUUACCUUGGCUUGUACACGGAGGUGGCGGGAACAAAAAAAUAGGGUCUUUGGGAGGGCGUGUGAAGCUGGUGCUUCUCGUGCAUUGUCUUGGGGCGGGACUAGCUACGAAAGCUAUACUGCCCAACGAAGAGCGAAAUGGAACAAAAAUUAGAGAAGAAAUUUGAAGAAAAGUUUAUGGAAAAAAGUGCCGAUCUUGAGAAGAAAUAUCAGGCUCAAUCCAAAAAUUGUUAACUAAAUUUUAGGGAUUGAA